UUUUUUUCAACUUUACAUCCAAGUGAAAUUGAUGGUCUUGCUGGUGGGCCAUGAAGGAAUGAUGUGGCAAGCGCUCAGUCGCGGUUUCCCAGGUUCUCCUAUAACGUGCUCCUUCCUUAUAUGUCUCUAGGAGGCCAGUGCCCGCUUGAUACCUGUUCCAUGCCACUCCAGUUCUCAAAGCCCAUGCUUUCGGGACCCCUCUUGUCCCUCCUCUCUCAUCUCGACUCACGCUGCCACUCUCUGGCCUCUAUUUCCGCGUUUUUAUUCCUUAUAUCCUUCCUACCUGUCAUUCUCUCCCAUCAAUACCUCUGAGAUAGGUAGACGCUUUCCUUUUUUUCUCAAUGAUUAUUUUACCCUAACACACAUUCCUUUUUUCUCCGAGCGAACCGCCACAAUAUCACUCCUCCCCCUCGUCACCUUCCUCCGGCCUGACGCAAGGAGCGCUCAUUUUUUCUCCCCCACUUCCUCCAUCACCAGGGGGAAGAAGAAGAAGAAGAAGAAGAAGAAACGACCAAUAAUGGACCCCGACAACAUAUCCCUCCGGUCCAAGAAACGACUAAUAACGGACUCGGGCAACAUAUCCCCCCGGACCCGGUCCAAGAAACGACCAGUAACGGACUCUGGCAACGAAUCCCCUCAUUCCGAGCCUAAUCCCCAGCGGAGCCCGUGGAAUACCGAACAAGAUGACGAAUCCUCGAUCAAUGUCCGGCCGCCGAACCCGAGAAGGGAGAGAUAUCAUUCUGUGUCGAAUAGACGGAAAGAAGGGGAGAAUUCCUCGUCUGGGGCGUGGUCACACAAGGCUGAGCCGCCUUCUGCGCCGUCGGAGAGGGCGAUGAGUGAUGGUGGUGGUGAUGGGCAGCAUGGGGGUGGUGGUAGGAGGGAGCAGGAUGAUGGUGCUUCGACUUAUACGCAGAGAUUGUACGAUCAUGUUAUUGGGGAGAGGUUUACGCCUUCGAAGACGGGGCAUCAUCAUCGGAGUCGGACGCCGAGGCCGGCGAUUGUCAUGACUGGGCCGGGUGGGGAACAAGAGGAGUGGCGUUAUGAGGAGGAUGAUAGGUUUGAGAAUGUGGAGUUGGGGGGAGGGGAGGGGUUUGUGAUGGAGGAGAGUAACUCGCCUGGUGGGGGGGAGGGGGGGAGGAGGAGGAGGAGGAAGUAUUACAGCUCGUUUAGUUGGUGGAAGGAGGAGUAUGUUUAUGCUGGGUUGAGUGUGGUUGCUGUGGUGGGGCUGGCCGGGUUCUUGAGGACGUAUGAUGGGCAGGUUUUGCCGCAGGAAUUUGGGUGGUCCGGUAUAAGCUUUGAGACGGGGGUUGUUGCGUUGGUGACGGCGAUGAGAUUGUGUAUGGAUGCGUAUGUUGGGUCGGCCAUCAGCCAGGGGGCGUGGUUGUGGGUGAGUGAGAGUGCGCAGAUGAGGAGGAAGGGUGGGGAGGAUGGAAAGUGCGGAGCAAAGUUGGAGGAUUUUGGGAAGUUUGCUGCUGCGAGUAGGGGGUUAAGGGGGGCAAUAAAGCUGAUUUGGAGGUUGAAGGGGAGGCACCUUGGAUGCGUUGGAGCAGCCAUUGCCAUUCUUGGGGUUGGGUUUGAGACCUUCAGUCAAGAAAUGGUCAGCUUUGAACAGCAGCCGAGGCAUCUAGACAAUGGCACGUUGAGUCCGGCACCAGCACCGGCUAGAUACGUCUCUGUCUUUAUCGACAAAAGCGGCUGUCUAUGCCGGAAUUAUCUCCACAGAGCCAGCUGUGGCGACUGUGUCAAUGCCGAGAUAUACACCAAGUGCAACAAAACAGCCAAUACUUGCACCUACACAACUGGCUCUGGGACGUCAAUCGUAAAUUCGAUGGACCCGGGCGAACGAAGCAUAUUCAAGGUCGCACCAACCAACGGGACCGUCCACAAGAUCUCCUCGACUUCCCGGGCUUACUACUCGGUGUUUGACUUUCUCUCUGUAACACAAACUGAAGAGACUGGGUUGCUUCUGGCGGGUUCAGAAUGCGCUCUGUGGUUCUGCGUAGAGGGCCUCAAGAUCUGGGUAGAGGACGGCAAGCAGAACCAAACCCGCGUUGCCAACCACUCCCUCACCUCGUUGACAAUGACCAGUGCCGCCCAUGGGUCAGAGCACGUCUUUAUCAACAUUCCUCCCAGUCUCAACACAGACAAUGCCACAAAAUACGUCGUCACGCGCGAGGCCAUGCUCGCCCUGCGUAACUUCAUGUCGUCCAUCACGAUGGGCACAGUCACCACGACCCUCAACACGCUUGAUUCGUCAUCAGACUGGGUAGAAGCCAUGUGGAACGCCACCACGGGCGAUUUAAAUCAGUGGAUCAACACCUUUGCCGCCAGCCUGACGAACGAAUUCCGGCUUCAUGGAGCGGUGACACAGACGACGAAGAAACGAUACGAUGGAGACGCCACGCAGAUGACGCCAGUGGUGAAGGUGAGGUGGUACUGGCUGAUGUACCCUGCCUUUAUGAUACUACUGAGCAUCUACUUUUUGUUUCACACCAUUCUGGCGUGCUCGAUGGCUGGAGUCAGGGCGUGGAAGGGAGAGGUGCUGCCGCUGUUGUUUUGCAGGGUGGAUGAAGGGUUGUAUGAACGAGGCAGGGCUGGGUUGGAGAUUCCAGGCGGGUUGGAGAAGAGGGUUGCGGGGGAGAAUGUGGCGAUGUACAGGAGUGCGGAGGAUGGCGGGUGGGGGUUUAGGACUGUGGAGCAUGGGGAGUGGGCUGAGGAGGUGAGCGUAGAGGGAGAGAAGAAGUAG